GGAAGAAGAAUAUAUUAAUUUGAGGAUAGUGAAGAGAAAGAAAGAAUGGAUGAUAGAAAGGUAUUGGAGGAGCUUGUGAGAGGGCUUGAGUUUGCUAAUCAACUUCGACAAGUGAUGAUUAAUGGAAAAGAUAAUGAGUCAUCAGCAACAACGACAACCCCAUUUGUUCAAAGUCUUGUCAAGAACGUGUUCAGAUCCUUCACCAACACCCUUUUCCUCUUGGACAAGUAUCCCUCUUACGAGGUUUCUCACACUACUAAAUCUGAGGACUCUCAAGAAAGUUGCAAGGGUUUCACCACUAGGAACAAAAGAGGCUACUACAAGAGAAAAAGAAAUACGCAAGAAUGGGAGGAGGUGUCGAAAACUCCAAAAGUAGAUGGCCACCAAUGGAGAAAGUAUGGCCAAAAAGAGAUCCUGAAAGCCAAAUACUCAAGGAGCUACUACAGGUGCACUCACAAGUAUGAUCAGAAUUGUCAAGCAACAAAACAAGUGCAAAGAAUUCAAGAGGAUCCUCCAUUGUAUAAGACCACCUAUUUGAGCCACCACACAUGCAAUGACUUGCUAAACUAUGAAAUCAUACCUGAUUCCAAUAAUAAUUCUCCUUCGGACACUUCCAUAUUGCUUAGCUUUAACAACACCUUCCCUACUCCAACCAAACAAGAGUGCCCCUUUUUAUCAUCUUUUCCCUCACCAAUAUCAGUGAAGAAAUUAGAGGAGGUGAUUCCGGCCUCAUCUUCGAGGCAUAAUAAUAAUGUCACUCUACCACCGCCUGAUCCCUGGGAUGUUAUGUCUAAUUCUGCCAUGUGUGAUUCUGUUGGCCUUGAUGAUGUCAAUCUUUUUUUGGAUUUUGAUGACUAAUUGGGUCUGCAAAUUUAAAUUUGUUUUUCAAUUUGAUAGGAGUGCUCGAUAGCUAGCUAUUUAUAAAAAAUUUAAAUUAAGUCAAUUAGAUAAAUGGUUGCUUGAUCCUUUUCUUGAAAGUUGGAAGAGUUUUGUUUAGUUAGUUCCAUCAAUAUUGUGGAACAUAAUAUAUUUGAUCAAUUCUUCAUCUAUUUUCAAUUC